ACCACUGCUGGAGGAGAUCAGUGCAGAUCGCGCUCAGGAAUGCUGAGGAUGGAACGGUUUUACACUAAGAUCAAUGGACGCGGCUUCAUACAGCAUUGACAAACCUUUUUUAUCUCUGAUAGUGCGGUCUUCUCCUACUGAAGCCCCUCAGAUACUGCAUGUCUGACUGCAGACGAGCAGCUGGAACAGGAGCUCACUGAGUUGAGGGAUAUUGUGGUUGGCUCCAGCAGUCAAGCAUAUAACAGGAGUCCACGGCUGCGUGGAAAACGUGAGCAGAAAGAGGAAUAUGAACUGAAAGAGCCGCAGUCUAACCUCGCGAAGAAGGAAUACGCUGGGAAUUUUCACUCGGGGUAUCCCCGUUCCGUCAGGGAAUCGCCCGUUUUCGCAGUCAAGACAGAAUAACUUCAGAAGACCAGCACCAUGAUGACGGCACGUGAAAAAAUCAAGAAGAAACCGCCCAAAGACAGUCUGACGCUGUUACCAUGCUUCUAUUUCGUAGAGCUACCCAUUGUGGCGUCCUCCAUGGUUUCACUGUACUUCCUGGAACUGACGGAUGUGCUCCAGCCGGCACAGGUGGGAUUCCGCUGCCAUGACCGGUCACUCAGCAUGCCGUACGUGGACAGCGGCGAUGAGCUCAUCCCUCUGCUCAUGCUCCUGAGUCUGGCGUUCGCCGGCCCUGCUGCCUCUAUCAUGAUUGGUGAAGGUCUGCUGUAUUGUAUGCAGUCCAAACUGAAGGUCCGUCCAGGGAUUGAAGGAAGCAUAAAUGCUGGUGGAUGUAAUUUUAACUCUUUCCUGCGGAGAACCGUUCGUUUUGUUGGGGUUCAUGUGUUCGGUCUUUGUGCAACAGCACUGGUUACGGAUGUCAUCCAGCUGGCCACUGGCUACCACACACCAUUCUUUCUCACAGUGUGCAAACCCAAUUAUACUGUCCCAGGUGUGUCCUGUGACAAGAACCCUUACAUCACCAAAGACAUUUGCUCUGGCCAGGAUCAGCAUGCUAUUCUGUCUGCCAGGAAAACCUUCCCUUCCCAGCAUGCAACCCUCUCUUCCUUUGCUGCUGUUUAUAUUUCAAUGUACUUCAACUCAACAAUCUCUGAUAGCACCAAGCUGCUCAAACCCGUUCUGGUGUUUGCCUUUGCCAUUGCGGCUGCGUUGACGGGACUCACUCAGAUCACCCAGUACCGCAGUCACCCAAUCGAUGUUUACGUUGGGUUCUGUAUUGGCGCUGGUAUUGCAGCGUACUUGGCUUUCCAUGCUGUUGCCAACUUCAAAUCUCCAGAGGACACUGUCAUCCCGCAACCUCCUCCUCUGCAGAAGGAUGCUUUGAGGGCUCUGGCCCAGAGAGGCCAUGACUCUGUCUAUAAUAAAGGCCACGCCUCUGAGAGCAAUGAGGAAAUAACAUCACCAGCAUGUCUGGAUGGGCUAAACCGGCCUGUACAGCGGGAGAAAACCUCGUUGGGAAGCUUAAAGAGAGCCAGCGUGGACGUGGAGCUACUGGCGCCUCGCAGCCCAAUGGGUAAGGAGACCAUGGUAACCUUCAGCAACACAUUACCCCGUGCUACAGCUCCAGAGGAGCCAACGAGGCGUCUGGUGACAAUACCUGUUCCAGUUCCACUGAACCACAUGCGGUCACAUCAAUUAGUGUCUGAAUGGAAGCAAAAGUCAAUGGUGAUGCGAGGUGGCAGCUUGCCUGACGAGGACACCAGCGAUCAGGGCUCAGAUGGCGGCAACGACACGACCACAGAGGAGGAUAGCACCCACUCUUCAGUCUAUUCGUCUGUUCAACCAUCAGCCAAACCGGCUAACCCACCUGCAGGGGCAAGAGUAGUGAUGCCCCCUCGCCCCCCAGCACAGCCCUCGGUCCCUCCGACUGUGUCGCCUAAAAGUGCCAGCACUCGGGCCAAAUGGCUGUCCAUCACAGAGAAAAGUGGUGCUAAUAUUCCAGUUCUUAAGGCAGGAAAUCAGCCUCGGAUCAUGCAGGUCAUUGCCAUGUCAAAGCAACAGGGACUCCUGUCUGGAUCAGCCAAAUCCUCAGAGACUUCGUCCUCUUCUGGUACCUCAUCCAUCACGGGCACAGAAUCAUCGCCUAAUCGUUCAGAACGUGACAACGGUUCAGGCAUCAUCACGGUUGAUGCCCACGCCCCCCACCACCCCGUAGUCCGUAUGACCUCCAACCCCAAUAACCCUUGGGAGUGGAGAGGAUCUUCUGAUGGAAACAUGGCCGAGUCGUACGAGCUUAAAAACCUCAACCGCGAUGGUUCCCGGAGUUACCGCAACGUGAGGAGCAGUUCUCCUUGUUCCUCCACCAGUGAGGCUGACCAUGGGCCACCCCAGCCUCCUCAACCUCCCCAGCCACCACUUCCCCCUCAACUCCCACCCGUGGGUCACACCUCAGAAGGUCGCAGUCUGCGCCGCAAGACCCCUCUAGUUCUACUGGAUAGGGAGGGCAAUCUGAACCACACGGAACAGGACAACUACUACAAAAAGUUACAAAGUGGCAGGCAUUUCAAAGAGUGACGAUGUGCUAAUAUAUAUGAGCACAACUACACUUUUUGGUCAGUUGGUUUUAAUUACUUGAUUUGAUUCCAUGAGGAAUAUCAGAAUAACUGGAUCCACUACACUUUGAGUCAGUAGAGCUUUCGGGAGAUGCUGCUUCUGACGACUUAAGAGCACAAUGGUUUUUGCCCUCUGAGGGCAAACCAAACUACAUUAUCAAAAUUUCCAUCAGAUGUAUUGUAUUUACAUAAUCUUCUUAUUAUCAGUGUAAAAUAAGGUUUGGGAUUAUUUUUAUUGCUGCUCUUUUUGUUCAUACUUGACUUAUUUAAAUGUGUGACUGAGAUGUCAAGUUGAAUUUAUGUGUGUGUUUACGCACGAUUGUUUAGUGUAUGUUGUAGUGAUACAGUAAUAGAAAAUAUUUGACGGCCUUGUAACUCUCACAGUGAAAACCAAUUUAAAGUGUUUUGUCGGCUCUUUAUGAAUGAUAUUGCUUUGCAAAAGGGUAGCGUCCGUUCAUCGUACAUCUGACUAUAAUUGCUGAUAAACUGUUUUGGACAUUCUGCAAAUCUACUGAAGACACCCUGUGAAAAAUGGUGGAAGCACUUUGAAUAAGCACUUAUAAAUCACUUCAUCUCUUUGUGUGUUAACAAGUGAGGUGAACUGGAUCGUCCGUGAGGUAUUCCAAAGGAAUAUUAGACUGCUCUGGACUCUUUAAGGAAAGUAUUUUCUCAUAAUCCAUCACAUACCUUAUAGUGGAACAGCAACUGGACAACAGGUCCAUGUGAAGAAUUUACUGCAGGUCCAACAUUUU